GUCAGCUGGGAGAGGCGCCAAAGCCAGAGACACUGGAGCUGACUGGAACUGAUUCUGCUACGGCUGCAUAGAGCCAUUUCCUGCAGCUGGUGAGAAGGGUCCAAACUGAUCAGAGCCCAGCACCUGCCACUGCGUCAGUGAGAGGAGAGAUGGGGGAGGAAGUGGAAGCAGAUCCCCUUGAGCAGCCUCUUAACGGCUCCAGAGACUUGAGGAGCGGAGGAGAACCAGUAAUCGGAGCUUCCUUGCCUAGGAACAGGCUGGAGAGAGAUGCUGAGAUGCAGCCUUUCGGUGAUGAUCCAGCUAGCGGCAACUUCAGGAAAGCGGCUGUAUCUAAAGGCCGAGCUGUGUUCAUUGCCAUAGUCGGGGUCUUGGUGGUGAUCAUCAUUGCUUUAGCAGCAGCUUUGGGAGUGGAAAAAUCUAAGCACUCUUCUCAAUGCCCCUCUGCUGCCUCCCGGUGUCCGGACGGCUGGAUCGGGAUCAAGGGGAAAUUCUACUAUUUUUCUAAUGCUCCAGGGAAUUGGACCUACAGCCAGAGCUUCUGCUCUUCACACGGUGCCUCCCUGGCUGGGAUUGAUAAUCUGCAGGAGCUGGGUUCCCUGCUGCCAUACAAAGGCAAACUGGACCACUGGAUCGGCCUCCGGAAGGCCACUGGCCAGGUCUGGAAAUGGGCCAACGGGACCGAGUUUGACCAUCGGUUUGAAAUACACGGAGGAGCAGAGUGCGCGUACCUGGACGAAGACCUCACAGUCAGCAGCUCCAGUUGCAGCACACUGAGAAAACAGAUCUGCAGUAGACCUGAUGCCCCUACGUAGGAAGAGGAGUGUGUAGUGAGAGGGGACUUGUAAGCUCAAGGGAGUUGGAGUCCAGACGUGGCAAAGGCUGGUUCUCAUCCCCUCCAUGAUCCACAGAUGCUGCAGCCUGGUUCCUUGUUUCUCAGUCUGCCUCCAGUCCAGUCCUAUCUGUCCAUUACCCUAAUGCCGGGGUCUGUGACCCUUCUCUAGGGGAGACUGCCACCAUUUCAGGGUAACUGCAUCUCUAUCCCAUCUCCAUCAGGUGAGGACUCGGGUCUCCAGCCGCCCCCUGUCUCUGGGCAGGGACCUCAUCCCACUCCCUUCUGAUCGGGGGUUUAAGGCUGAACUGUUCCCUUCCAUACACCAUGAUAUCCCCAGCAAGCCAGUCUGUCUGCAAGCCAGCACCUGCACUUUGCUUCUGCUCUGAGCACAAUGCCCAGCAUGUUCCAGCUGUUACAAGCUAGCACACGGCCCUUUCUCAGCUGAUACAUCCCCUUUGUUCAAGGGCAGGGGUUUCAAACACGCGGGCCGCAUGCGGCCUGCGGGGCUAUUGCCUGCGGCCCGCCAAGCAGCCUGCAUGACCCCCAGGCCUACCUCCAGGCCAGGGGUGGGCAAACUACAUCCGCGGGAUUGCCCCCCUCGAGCCCUGCGCCGCUCCCUGAAGCAGCUGGCAUCACGUCUGUGCGGCCGGAGGGAGGGGGGGAGAGCAGAGUGCUGCAUGUGUUGCUCUGGUUUCCAGGCACCGCCCCCCCCGCCCAGAGCUCCUGUUGGCCGUGGGGCGGUACCUGGAGGAGCGGCAAGCAGCACGCGGAGCCCUGAGUCCCCCCUCCCCCAGGGACCGCAGGGACAUGGUUCCAGCUGCUUCGCUGUGCGGGGCUGGGGCCACCCCGGAACUGCUUUAGGUAAGUGGCUCUGGGCCAGAGACCGAAGCCCUCCUGCACCCUGCCCCCAAACUCCCUGCCCUGAGCCCCCGC